CUCCAUAGACACACCCAGCUUCUGGACCUAUAAACCUGGUCUCAGUGAUAAGACAUGCUCAGUGCAGACUUACUACACCCAACAUCCCACAUCACAGUGCCCUCCACCACAACCAUGAGUCUAAGGACCAAACGCACAAACUCUCGCCCGGGGCUCUACACCUCCUCAGGCUUCAGCAGCAUGUCCAUGAGCUCCUACAAUAUCCCACGGAUCAGCACCGAUAUGAACCAUGCACCCUCCAUCAGAGCAGUCACCAUAAACAAGACCCUCCUCACUCCAGUCGACAUCUCCAUUGACCCCAAUGUGCAGGUAGUCCGCACCCAGGAAAAAGAGCAGAUCAAGAGCCUCAACAACCGCUUUGCCUCCUUCAUUGAUAAGGUGAGACACUUAGAGCAAGAGAACAAGAGGCUGGAGACCAAGUGGAAGAUGUUGGAAAGUCAGACCCAGGCCUCCUCUAACGUUGAGCCCAUGCUAAAGGCCUACAUCGCAUCUUUGCAAAAACAGCUUGAGUGUCUGAACCAAGACAAAAGUAAUCUGGAAAAGGAUAAUAACAUCAUGCAUGAAAAUGUUGACCUCUACAAGACAAAGUAUGAAGAUGAAAUCAACAAGAGAAAUGAUGUUGAGAAUGACUUUGUUUUGCUCAAAAAGGACGUUGAUGCAGGUUAUUUGUCCAAAGUGGAUCUGGAUGACAAGGUGAUUUCAAUGGUUGACGAGAGGAACUUUUUAAUGGCUCUCUUCGAUGCGGAAAUCCGUGAACUGCAACAGAACAUGAAGGAGACAUCUGUGGUGGUGCAGAUGGACAACUCCCGCGACCUCAACAUGGAGGAGAUCGUCGCUGAAGUAAAGAGACAAUACGAGGAAAUCGCUAAGCGCAGUCGAGUGGAAGCUGAGAACUGGUACAAGAACAAGUUUGACAAGAUGUCUGCUGAGGCUGAUCAGUAUGGAAAUGAGCUGAAGAACAGCAAGUCAGAAAUAGCAGAGCUCACAAGAAUGAUCAGUCGCCUGAAGAAUGAGAUUGAGACUGUAAAGACCCAGCGUGCCUCACUUGAGACUCAGAUCACUGAUGCAGAAGCAUGUGGGGAUCUGGCCAUCAAAGACGCUAAUUGUCGCAUCCAUGACCUGGAGGUGGCGAUGCAGAAGGCCAAACAGGACAUGACCCGGCAGCUCAGGGAGUACCAGGAAGUCAUGAAUGUCAAAAUAGCAUUGGACAUUGAGAUCUCCACAUACAAAAAGCUGCUGGAGGGAGAGGAGCUGAGGCUUGGCAAUGGAACAAUCGUAAACAUCCAGACAGUGCCUACCAGGAGUAGCUACUCCAAGAAAAAACUUGAAAAAAAGACAUCAGGCCCGAUUGUCAUCAAGACCAUGGAAACCAAUGAUGUGACAUACAACAACAGCAAAUGAAAACAUGAAUCUUUUAUCUUUGCAAUUUACAUCAGCAUAUCUUUGCUACUCUAUGAAGUUACUGCAGCAUGAGCCAUAGCUAUGUUUCUCUCCCUUUUACUGGUCUUACUGAAAUAAACAGGUGCUCUGGAUCAAUCCACAGUUUAAGAUUGUGUUUGGUAUGGUCAUUU